CUUCCCCCCAGCCAAUCAGGGCGGCGGGGGCCGGCGCGGGAGGAAGGAAGGAGCUGCGCGUGCGCAGAGCAGUGGCGGCCGGAAGCGUUCCAAGAUGGCGGAGCGCGGAUAUAGCUUUUCUCUCACCACUUUCAGUCCUUCUGGUAAACUUGUCCAGAUUGAAUAUGCACUGGCGGCAGUUGCUGCAGGAGCCCCAUCUGUUGGAAUUAAAGCUGCAAAUGGUGUUGUUUUGGCAACUGAGAAGAAACAGAAAUCUAUUCUCUAUGACGAAAGGAGUGUGCACAAAGUAGAAUCAAUUACCAAACACAUAGGCUUGGUGUAUAGUGGCAUGGGACCUGAUUACAGAGUACUUGUGCACAGAGCUCGGAAGCUGGCCCAACAAUAUUACUUGGUUUACCAUGAGCCCAUUCCAACCGCUCAGCUAGUACAGAGGAUUGCUUCUGUGAUGCAGGAGUACACACAGUCUGGUGGUGUACGUCCAUUUGGAGUAUCAUUGCUCAUAUGUGGCUGGAAUGAGGGCCGACCCUAUUUAUUUCAGUCUGAUCCUUCUGGAGCUUACUUUGCUUGGAAAGCAACAGCCAUGGGAAAAAAUUAUGUGAAUGGAAAAACUUUUCUUGAAAAAAGAUACAAUGAAGAUUUGGAACUUGAGGAUGCCAUACAUACGGCUAUCUUAACACUAAAGGAAAGCUUUGAAGGGCAAAUGACAGAAGAUAACAUAGAAGUUGGCAUCUGUAAUGAAGCAGGAUUUAGAAGGCUUACUCCAACUGAGGUUAAAGAUUACUUGGCUGCAAUAGCCUAGUAUGAAUCAAGCAAGACUGUAGAUUCACACAAGGAUCUUUUUAAUUUUGGCUACUUAAAUGUUUUUGUUUGCAAUUUUUGCAUACUUAUUUCUACAUGGUUUGUCCAAUGGAUUUUUUAAAUAUCACGGGUGCAAAUGCUGUGAUUCUAAUAUUGAUAUAUGAAAACUUCAUACAAGGAAUUAUUUCCUUUGAGAUAUGGAAUCUUUGUACAUGAAACUGUACAAAUUAUAAAGUUAUAAAGAAACCUUAUAGAGGAUACAGAAUAAAAUUUGAAGGGAACAGUUUUAGGGGAAAUGCUUGUGCCUGUGGAUUUUUUUUUUUUUUUUUUUUAACGUACAGUUCAGGUUUUAAUGUCACUUUUUUAAAUUGGGCGUCGUGAACCAUAGCAGUCAUGACCAGGGAUCUGGGUUUUCCGUUUCCACAGAAAAAUGGUAAAAUGUGGAUUUCUCAUUUUAGCAGAGAAACCCACAGAUUUUGUAGUUUUGCUGCAAGCCCUCUACAGGCUGGCACAAUUCCAGCCUGCAGGGGGCUGGGAGGGAGCAGGAGCAGGAUGGUCAGGCAGGGGGCACCAUGUGCAUAUAUAGCAGCUUCUGCAGGUAAGUGACGGGGAUUGAGGGAGUUGGGCAGGACUGGGCUGCUGGGCAGUGUGUGGGUCUUGAGGCCUGGGGCCAUAAUGUGUGGCCUCGGAGCCCCGGUGGGGAGCAGGACAAGGCCAUGGGUGGCUUGUUCAGGGGCAGGGGGUGGAGCUAGCUUCCUGCCAGAGUGCACACCCAGGGGACGGGGGAAACAGUGUCCCCCAGAGCGUGGUGCGCAGAGCUGGGGCAGGCGCAUACCUAGUGCGGCAGGGCACAGCGGGGCCACGCAGGAAAGCUGCUUGCCCCCGUGAGCUCCAUGCUAUCCCGGCGACAUUUCCUCUGCAUGCACAGGUGGUGGCGCAGGGUUGUGCUCCUCACUGCUGCCCACAUGUGCAGGGGAAGCGUCGCCAGGGCACACGGACAAGCAGCUUUCCUGCGCGGCUGUGCCGGGUCUCACACUGUGCUGCAGAAGCCCCCGGGGGAGGGCAGCAGGGUAGGGAACACGAGCCUGCAUGCACCCUGCACAGAUCUGGGGGGGCGGGGGUCGUCGUGUUUCCCCCCCCCCCCACUCCCUGGGAGUGUGCUGCAACUGGAAGCCAGGCCCACCCCUGCACCUCCCUGAGCCUGUAGCAGGGGCUGAGCUGGCUCAGUGCUCUUUCUCCUGCAGCAGCUGCCUUCUGUCAGGGCCAGGGGGCUGCGGACCUGGGUUGCUGGCCUUAUAGCCUGGGCAACUGGGGGCCCCUUCUGGCAUAGCUGGGGGGUGGGCUGUGAGUGGGGCAAGGGGCACAAGCAGGACCUGGGUGGGGGAGGGCACCAGUAGGCCUGGGAAGCUGUGGUGGGGGGAAUGAGGGGCACCAGUAGGGCUGGAGGGCUGUUGGAGGAGUUAGGGGCACCAGGAGGGCUGUGGGGAGCCUUUAAUUUUAAUUAUGGAUUUGGGUUUUUUUUAUCUAUCUGUCUGUCUGUCUAAUCCAUUAUCAGGAAAAACCAGGAUCCCUGGUCAUGACAAAGUGUUUUUGGUUUAAAUGUAUGAGUUGGCUCAGGAUUUUCUCUCUUUCACUAGGUUUUUGUUUAUAGUGAUACAUGAAACCUCAAAUGUUUGGCUUCAUUAACAGUUGCUUCAGUGUGGAAUAAUUUGAUCUGUUACUUGUAAUGCAGAAAUACUAAAGUCCAGGUUAGCUAAGUGGGAGUUCUGGUUUUGGAACAGUAGGAUUAAGCCCUAAACUUGUGACAUUGCAAAUAUAGUACUGAGAAACUAUGCUUUCACAGUGCAAGAAUGGUUUUCAGGUUUGUGCUAUUUGAAUUGAUGCAGUUGAUCCAGUAUUGCCUCAAAAUUCUGCAGGCAGUACAAAGCAAAAGAGUUGUCUUCAGUUGGCAUGCGUUAAGUAUCCUCUACAUAAUCCAUGCAAGAUGAAGGGAGUAGUUAGAUUUAUUUGUCUGAAGUCGGGCAGAAGGCAAGAUAGGGUCGUAUCACACAGAUUUAUGCAUCUCUGAUUCAGUUAGUCUAUAAGGCAGAACUCGACUUAACCUUCAGGCAAGAUAAAUUAUCCUAGGUUUCUUGGGUCAAGAAUUUUUUUUCAAGUGCACAGCAGUAAAAUUGUUCAUCACAGCUUUACCAGCUGUGGAGGCUAGACUACUUGCAGAAGAAAUAUGAGAACCCAGUUAACAAACAAAAUAAUUGGUUCUUUACUAAUUCUUGAAGUGACUUAUUUGCAGAUUUCUCUUUAAAGGGAGUUUUAAAGAGCAAGGGACAAGGAUGUUUGUCAUUAUUAUAAAAUAAUAUCUUUUAUUGGACCAACUGCAUGGUCAGAUGCAAGGCAGGAAGAAUGCCUUGCAUUUAAAAUCUUGUCUCACUUCAUCCCAGCCAUACAAUUGGUCUAAUAAAAGAUACUGCCCACAGAAGCGUCUCACAUAAUCCCUUAGCUAUCAGGGCUACAACAUCACUCUGACACUACUGAGAAUAUUAAGCACAGAGGACCACUUAUAAAUGGAGAGGAAUUUGAACAGCCUAACGAACUUGUUCUUUUCUCCGUAUCACUAUGCCAUAUUUGACCAUUUUGUUGCACAUGCUUGUGCUCAUUUAUUGUACUUUGCAAGAUCUUUCAUUGUACAUGUGCCUUCAAGCAGCAGGUGUUGCAUAGUCAGGCUCUGUGCCGCAGUCACAGGUGGCUGAACCAAUAGUAUAGCUGCACUUUUUCAUUAGUUCUUUGGAGCCAUUCCACUUGGGUGUGUAGGUGGUUGAAACAUUGCAACCUUUGUUGUGGUUCACCAGCCCCUCAUGAUUCACCAGAGGUAAAGUUGGCACUGGUGUGUCUAUUUUUCUCUGUCAGAUAUUUUCAGCCUCUUGUUCUCCAUCUGUAGUCACGUCUCCUUGGUGUGGCAUCAAGUGGCUGGGUGCUGGUGACUUCAGACGCGUGUGUGCUGCGGGAUGGUUGUACAGCAGGUGUUUCAUAAACAAUAAGCACUAUCCUAAUAAAGAACAUGCGCUCCAGUCCACAGAAA